GCAACAGAUGAGCUACAUUUGAUUAAGAAAGCAUUGUCUGUCCUAUGCUAGUGAGUGCACUGUUCAUUUUUGGGCAUUACUUCCGGACAGACGGCUCUGAUAUCCUCCAGCUAUAUCUGAGCACCAUUUACCAGACACUGUGGAGUUUGCUCGCAUCUUAAAGAAACAGUAUUUUCAUCCAGCGCUGAUACCGUUCAGGGACGACCACCUGCGCUAUCAACCAGCAAGGCGGUGGCUGUCCAAGCUUAGGAUUCGCAAUUCGCAAGCAGCGCUACAAAGGAUCAGAACUCAUCAACCCCGCUGUGCAAUCAUGUCGACUACCGGGGAAGUCCCUGCCUUCUUCAAGAACAUGGGCUCGGGUAGCCCCAUGCCACGGCAGAAAUUCUGUGGCAUGUUCUGUCCAGUUGAAGGUUCUGGCGACAGCAAGACGUUGGAUUUCCAGUCACUGCCGGGGGGCAGUAGAAGGAGUGACGGACAGGUCAUUGACAGGCAGACGGACAUCUCCCAGCCAAGGGUCGAGAUACGGGAGAGCAGAGGAAAAUCAGCCCUGCAGAACCUGGAUGACAGGAGCGAUCGUCUCCUGAUCAAAGGGGCGAAGAUCGUGAACGAUGACCAGUCCUUCUGUGCUGACAUCUACAUGGAGGAUGGUCAGAUCAAACAAAUUGGCGAGAACUUGAUAGUGCCCGGUGGGGUGAAGAUCAUCGAUGCCCACGGGCGCAUGGUUAUGCCAGGGGGUAUCGAUGUGCACACACGCUUCCAGAUGCCCGACCGGGGCAUGACCUCAGUGGAUGACUUCUACCAGGGCACCCGCGCCGCCCUGGCAGGGGGCACCACCAUGAUCAUUGACCACGUGGUCCCGGAACCCGGGGCCAGCCUGCUGUCUGCCUUUGAGCAGUGGCGUGAGUGGGCGGACAGCAAGUCCUGUUGUGACUACUCCCUGCAUGUGGACAUCACUGAGUGGCACAAGGGAGUUCAGGAGGAGAUGGAGGCCCUCGUCAAGGACCACGGUGUCAACUCUUUCCUUGUCUAUCUGGCUUAUAAGGAUGUUUUCCAGCUUACUGACUCUCAGGUCUAUGAGGUGUUCAGUGUGAUCCGGGAUCUGGGAGCCAUCGCUCAGGUCCAUGCUGAGAACGGAGACAUCGUGGCUGAGGAGCAGCGUCGUAUUCUGGAGCAGGGCAUCACUGGACCUGAGGGACACGUCUUGAGCCGUCCUGAAGAGGUGGAGGCGGAGGCUGUCAACCGCUCUGUGACAGUAGCCAAUCAGACUAAUUGUCCCCUCUACAUCACCAAGGUGAUGAGCAAGAGUGCUGCUGAUGUCAUCGCUCAGGCCAGGAAGAAGGGCACUGUUGUGUACGGGGAGCCAAUCACUGCCAGCCUGGGCACAGACGGCUCACACUAUUGGAGCAAGAACUGGGCCAAGGCCGCCGCCUUCAUCACAUCCCCGCCCCUCAGCCCAGACCCGACCACGCCCGACUAUCUCAGCUCCCUGCUCUCCUGUGGGGACCUGCAGGUGACUGGCAGUGCCCACUGCACCUUCAGCACUGCCCAGCGCGCCGUGGGCAAAGACGACUUCACCCUCAUCCCUGAGGGUACCAACGGCACUGAGGAGAGAAUGUCCCUCAUCUGGGACAAGUGUGUGGUGACAGGUAAAAUGGAUGAGAACCAGUUUGUGGCAGUCACCAGCACCAACGCUGCUAAGAUCUUCAACCUUUACCCCCGUAAGGGCCGCAUCGCUGUGGGCUCUGACGCUGACCUGGUCCUCUGGGACCCAGAUGUCAUCAAGAUCAUCUCAGCCAAGAGCCACAACUCGAAUGUGGAGUAUAACAUAUUUGAGGGCGUGGAGGUGCGUGGCGCGCCCCUGGUGGUGAUCAGCCAGGGUAAAUUGGUCCUGGAGGAGGGGAACCUCCACACCACUGAGGGGUGCGGCCGCUUCGUGGGCCGGAAGCCCUUCUCCGACUACGUCUACAAGAGGAUAAGGGCUCGCAGCAGGCUGGCUGAGCUGAGGGGAGUUCCCCGAGGCCUCUAUGACGGGCCUGUCUGUGAGGUGUCACUCACACCCAAAACUAUGACUCCUGCCUCUUCUGCCAAGACCUCUCCAGCCAAGCAGGCAGCAGCUGGUGCCCAGCCUGUCCGCAACCUGCACCAGUCAGGGUUCAGCCUAUCUGGUGCUCAAGUUGAUGACAACCUUCCUCGACGUAACACCCAGCGCAUCGUGGCGCCACCCGGUGGCAGGGCCAACAUCACCAACCUGGGUUAACAACUCCUAUUGGCCACCAGGGGAAAUGAGGGCUUGAGGGGAGGGGCAUCAGGGACUAGGGGGCCAUUCCACCAGGAGGCAAACCCUCUAGCUACAGUGCCUCCCCUCCUCAAUCUCUCAACCCCUCUCACGCUCCCUACAUCUUUCCCCGACUCUUUCCCCCCCAACCCCCAAACGCCUCACCCUAGAGGAGACACAUAAAAAUGGAAAAACAACACUCCUAAUAUGAGCACUUUGGACUGUAUUAUUUCGUGUUUUAUACUGUACUUUCUACCUGCCAUGUAUCAUUCAGUUUAGUUUUUUAUUUUCAUGUUCUAAUAGAGGGCUGAAGUGAGACUAGACUGAGCAGUUUUAACACGGCCAGAAGGUCAAGACGGUGCUUGUUGCAUUUGCAUAGAUUCCGUCCCUCUUUUCUAAUUUUGGAUGUAUGGUGAAUGAAGUAUGGAGACACAAGGGCAGCAUGUUGUACUUGUGUUUUACCUUCAGAUAAUAGACGGGUUGGUUGUUUAGUAACAAAACCGACGUGUGUGCAACUAUUAGGCAAAACAGACAGUGUUGGCUUCAACUAUUGACAACAUGUAAACUCUAUUUAGUCUCCAAAUGUUUAUUGAAAACAUAAAUACGUUUGCACAAUGAGCAUUUGUCUCUCAAAUACAUUGUUCCAGUUGUAAGGUUAGCUAGCUAGCAAAUUUGAGCCAUAUUAGCAUAGACAUGACAUCAGUCAAAACACCUUGAAUCAAGACAUGGUAUCAAUAUCAAGAUUCAACGAGCUGAAACGAGCCACCUACAAUUCCCUACAUGGCAGCUUCCUGUCAUUGUUGCUCGCUAUUGGUCCGUUCAGAAUCAUAACAACGCACGCCUUCCGGGCCACAUUGAUUCGGGCGCAUAACCUUCGUUACGUUGUCGGCCAACCCGUCUAUGGGCACAUUAGAUUAGUGGCGCUAAAAUUGUGUAGUGAACAUGGAGAUGCUAAUAUGCCUUCCUCAAUUGAUAUGUUCACUGUUUGUGUCUGCUUUGUCUUUGUUCUCUACUGUUUAUACAGCUUCGCCCUCAGAUCAGUUCAGCACUGGCUAUGAUCAACGCCAUUUAUUGACUUGUUGCUAUAAGGAAAAUGAUUAUGAGACUGUAAAACCGUCCAUUGUUAUCGUUUGAAAAUCACUGCACGCUGGUAGUAAGCUGUCCUCAUCCCCAGGCUACGCGAUGAUACAUGAGAUUAGUAUCAGUCAAACCACUGUAGUGUUGAAAACCUAUCAGGAACUUGUCACUGGUGCUCACCUCAUGUCAUCCCACCCGUAGCUUUGUUAGAUUAUAGAUGAAAUGAAAAAAACAUGCCCCAUAUUUGAAAGCUGCUUGUGAAGCGGGGAAAGUCCAGUAUAGUAGGAGAAGGAGUUGGCGGCCGUUGGAUAGAACGCUGUCUCCCAGGGAGAGGCCAUUAUGGAACUUCCAUGAGAGGAGAUGUGACUCAAAGUUAGGAUGUUGGGAGGAGUGUAGCCGGGUGGAAGGGAAGGAAGAACGAUGUUAGUGAGAAUACUAGGGAAUGCCCAGUUUCUCAUCGCCUCAUUCAAUUCAGCCUCUUAGCAAGAUGGUGCCACACUCCUUGUACUCAGCUACGCUGUAGUACAGUAUGUGUCCACUGCCCAUAUACCUGGCUCGAAGGGUAUUGUGACCACUCACUGUUAUGGGAUCUUUAAGAUCCAUAGACCAUUUAAUUGACAGUGUUGCAGGUAAUCACAUGUAUUGGUCACAUACACAUAUUUAGCAGAUGUUAUUGCGGGUGUAGUGAAAUGCUUGUAAGAUAGCAUCCUCCCACUGUUCUAGAAUGUCCCAGUACCAACCAGUGCAUUUAGAAGAUUCACAGUCUUUUCUAUUCAUUCACUCCAUUUCCCUUUUAACUCUUUAUGUGCCUGAACCCAUAGAAUUUGUACUGAUAGUUUGAUUUGUUAUUAUUCUUAUUGUGGUAAGAGAAGGAUGUAAGAUAAAAAUGUAAAAUAGCCAGUGUUAACCGAUACAAAGGUGCCAGAUUUUGUUCUUUGGUAUUCCACUGGUAGUGCUCCUGUAAAAAAAAAAAAUCUAUGCUUAAUAUGUUGAAAAUGUUUUAGGGUUUUUAACCGUACUUGUUUCUGCUAUUUAGUGUCAUUCUGUACUUAGUGGCCUAAGGCUGAACACUAUUCAUUUGAGCUUGAAAGUAGACAUGGAGUAUUGUAUUUCUAACUAGUAUGCAGUGUCAUGUUGUGAGGGUCUGGGCACACACACACACACACACACACACACACACACACACACACACACACACACACACACACACACACACACACACACACACGCACACACGCACGUCUCAGUGCACCACUCCUUUGGGCCCAGACCUGGAGUGACAGUAAUGGUCCUUCACUCUCACUCGUUUUGCACGGUCUGGUUUUCAUUAAGGAAAAGCAGUCCUCCAGCUGUUUUUCUUCCUUCACUUGCAUGUCGGUGAGAUCUUGGCCUAAAAGUUGCCAUUCUGCAGUCUUCGCCUUUUCCUCUCCAUGACUUAAUACAGAGCAAAACACUCACUCACACUGUUAUGCACACACAGACACACACACUGUUAUGCACACACAGACACACACGCUGUUAUGCACACACAGACACACACACUGUUAUGCACACACAGACACACACACUUGCACUCACGGAACAAGUGGUGUCUGUAUGUCCUUCCAGCACAUUGGAACUUUGGUUUUCAUGGCCGUGUUAAGGUCUCGUAGGAAGCUCUUAAAAGGUAGUCUCUUUCAGGGUAGUAACAGUAUCUGUGUUUAUGGAAUCCAUAGCAGGGAAAUGAAAUGUUGACACUUCAGUGUCUACAGGGAAUGAGAUGAGACAGGGAUGAGAGGGAAGGUGGUGUUGAGCUGUCUGCUUGUUCGUGUUCAAUCACUCAGGUGGCAGCGUUCAGGCCACUCCAGUGCUUAUACUCCAACAAAACUGUCAAAUCUCCCAUGUGAGAUGAGGGCUUGGACAAGUCUUCGUCCUCACAUGUGUAGAAUACAUGGCUGAACAAAAACCAUCUCUUUAGUCUACAUUUACCUCCUCUCUUCUUCUGUCAUUCUCAUUGAGAUAUUAUGGUCAUCAUGAUUAUGAUUUUGAUUAUUAUUAUCAUGAUUAUUGUUGUCAUUAUUAUUUUUACUAUGAUCACUAACAAUAUUUAAAAUCGUUGAUUCUCCAGAGGUUGUUCUCGAUCCAAUGAAAAACCCUAUCCGGUGUAUUGGCAUCUUUUCAGCAUGAGUCUCCUAGUUGCUUGCUUAGUGUUGGAAUGCAUAUCUCUCAAACAGAGGUUGACGCAGGGUUAAAAUUAUUCAUCCCUCUAUUCCCAUAGACUGGACUUUUUUUCACUCUGAUUUGGGGGAGGGGGGGGAAGAGGGGGCUGCCGAAGCACAAAUACAUUUUGGCAGCCAGACGUACAUGAGUCCUCCUGAGACUAAAAGUAUGUCUUCGCUUGUUUCCACCCCGCUCUUCCUCUCUCUCUGGCUCUUCCAUUGUUGCCACAUUGCCUUGACCAUGAGGCCCUCCAGGCCUCACUUUUUGUUUGUCAUGGCAACGCUUGUCAGAUCGUAAGUUACCCAUAGCAACCCGUCCAGACCUGGUGCUAUUAGAAUAACAUAGUGCCCGUGGCAGACUAGCUGUAUGGAAGCCAUGCAGACUAUAGAACUCCCUCCUCUCUCUCUCACACACACACAUACACACACCCUCACACUUGUUUUCUUCUCUACCCUUCUUUUCUAAAAUGAACUGUUGCUGCAGACUUCACCCAGUUUCAGUGUGUCACCAUUUGUAUAUAAGCUUAUGGCUAGUUGGGUGGGAUCGACAUGCUUCUUCUGACCCAUGAUUCAUGGACCCUGAAUUGUGUCAUUGAGAGGGCGCCACAAGCUUCACAUGAUAGCAAUUACCCAGAACUCCUCUACAAGGCCACAUAUAUCUACCCUCUAGGCCCACACUGGUUGAAUCCACGUUGUUUCUAUGUAAUUUCAAUAAAAUGAUCCUGAACCAACGUGGAAUAGAUGUCUGUGCCCAGUGGGUACCAUGCACCCAGCGCUGUCUGCAGCUGUGGUGGAGCACAAUGCCUAAAGCAUUGACUCAGAUAUUAUAAACCAGCUGCCAACGCCGGCCUCGCCAUCGUGUCCCCUCCAUAUACACACACACACACAUGAAAGCAUAUACACAUAGACACACACAAUCCUCCUUCUUGCUCUGUCAGCUUGGAUAUUUUUCUAUGCUACGCUAAUAUGUGAUGUAAGCGAAUCGCAGAUUGAGAGAAGAGCUUUAGGUUUGAGGUUGCUAAUGCUGUUAAAAUCCCACCCGCACCCCUGUCCUCCCCCCUCCACCUAACCCCUUCCCAUUGUGAAAGUAACUGUGUGAUGGUGUUUGUCUUGAUGGCUGUGGGGUUUUGAGGAUGCUUGCUCUCUAUGGAAAGUGUCAAAUCCCAUGGAUGGUGAUGUAAAAACAAUGAUUUCAAAGAAUUAAAGGAUAAAACAAAACUAA